CAGUCUUCGAAACGUGACCGAGGAAAACAUCACGAGGUUUUACAAUGUAAAAAUGGUUCUUUGAUCGACGCUUUCGACGAUGGCAUUCCUCAGUUUGAGACAGCUCGGUCGAGCUGUAGAGAGUGUGUCCUGUAGAGUGACCUCCCCUUGGUUACGUUUUUGUGUUAGACAGCAGUCUGGAGCUCCUGCAUCAGCCAAUCAGGUUCUGACAAAUGAUGAAUCUUUAGGAAGUGUUCAUGCUCUGUUGGAUCCGGACUACUUUGGAGUGCGUAAACUAGUCCGUCUGAAGGAUAUGUAUGAAGCCAGAGUUCACUGGGGUCACAAGGAAGGAGUUCGGAACCCCUACAUGGCACCGUAUAUCUUCGGCUGCCGGCUGGGUGUGGACUUAAUAGACCUAGAGCAAAGCGUGCCAUUACUCCAGGACGCGCUAAAUUUCACAGCGCACAUCGCCUACCAGGGAGGUAUCAUCUUGUUCAUCAGCCGUAACAAACAGAACAUGCCAUUAGUGGAGAGAACAGCCAAGGAGGCUGGCGAGUACGUCCACUGUCGCUACUGGAGUGGAGGUGUUUUCACCAAUGCCAAUAUUCAGUUCGGAUCAGUCACACGCCUGCCCGAUCUGUGCAUCUUCAUCAACACCUUGAACAAUGUGUUCAUGCAGAACAUUGCUGUGAGAGACUCCGCUAAAAUGCUGAUCCCCACAGUAGGGAUCGUGGACACGAACUGCGAUCCCCGCCUCAUCACUUACCCUGUCCCCGGUAACGACGACACACCCACCGCUGUCGAGUAUUACUGUGGACUUUUUGCCAAGGCGAUACGGCGGGGAAAAGACAAGCAGAAGGCAGAUAACCUGAAGACGUGAUAUCAGUUACCUGGUCGGACGUGAAAACUUGAAAAUUAGUUUGUUGAAAAUGGACUUGUACUGCAUAUAGAGCCAAGCUUUCACAGUAUGACACUGUACAAGAAAAAUGUCCUCCCAGAGCACCACAUGGUUUCAGAUCUUGUGGUACUGAAUAGCAGUCAUGUGGCAUGGAGCACUCAUGUGGCACGGAGCACAUAAGCGGGCGCACAUUACCACAUGACCGUAAAGCUUUUGUGGUGUAGAAUAGCAGCUGCAUGGUACUUUGUGGCAACCCUGUGGUACUGUGUGGCUAUUCCGGCGUACUGCAGUAUACUAAGUAGCCGUUGCAUUUAAUCAUACAUACCGCCACUAGAACCGUGCAGCUACCACAAAGAAC